AUAGUCGGCGGGGGUAUCUUGGCCAAUCCGCACCAACUGCACACACGGAGAGAGCGAGAGAGCAGAGCAGAGUGCGCGCAGAAGAAACUCGAGAAAGCAUUUAAGAAAGCGAGACCUCGCAGCAGAGCAGAUCGACCGGAAGUUGUCACCCAGCUCCACCAACUUCUUCCAGGCCAGCCAGCUCAGCUCUCCCACACACACUCGCUGUCAGAUCCCGAGAAUGGCGGUCGCCGCUCAGCCGCUGCUGGCCUCCGCGCUCCUCGCGCUCCUCCUCGCCGCCGUCUCCGCUGCUGAUACUAAGAAUAACCCUGCCGAUGAGCUUGUGAGCUUGAUCAACUCCAACCGUACCGCCAGCAAGGCAUCAAAUCUUGUUGAUAAUCAAGGUCUUGGAUGCAUUGCUCUGCAGUACAUAAAAGCAUAUGAGGGUCAGUGCGACCAGGUGGGUGGAAACAAGAAGCCUGUGGAUUCCAGUUUCAUUGACACAUUUGCCCCAAAUUGUGGUGUCCAAGCUGCAAGCCUUGCCAAGAUCACUGGGAGGCUCCUGGCGUGCCAGCCCAGCUACCCACCUCCGGCGCAGGCCUUCGACAUGCUCAUUGCUAAUGAGAGGAGCCUCCAGGUAUUGCAUAGCAAGAACCACACAGAGGUGGGGGCGGCUGUCACCGGCACUUCUGGCGGCGGUCCGUAUUUCUGGUGUGUCUUGUUCAGCAAUGGGAAGCCCAACUCGAGCUUCACGGUAGAAGGGGGUGUUCCCAAGACUGCCCAUCCUGGAUGCUUCAGCGGCAACAAUGACGAGUGCAGUGGUGCCAUUUCGACUGGUGUGAGUGCAUGGACACUAGUGUCGGCCACUCUUUUUGCUCUGGCUGGCGCCUUUACUUUGUGAGCUUGAGCAGAAAUGCAUCGGUGCACCAUUCUUUUGCAGAUUUUCAGAUCUGGUAGAGCACACUAGUUGCAGUGUCUCUACUUCACCGCAAUUCGUUUGCUCCUUUUAGCAGGUGAUUUCUGUAAGGACUAAAAGGAUCAUGGUUUUCAACAUUUGUGACAACGAGGUUACCUGUGCAGGUUGUUAA